AUUUUGCUUCACAGACUUGAACUGACAUCAAUAAACAAAUAGCGUUUUAACCACGAGGUCCUCAGUGAAGCGAAAUUCGCAGAGAGGACGGCGUUUUAUCAAUUUUUGUUGAAUUUUGUAACUACUAAAUUUCAGAAAAAUGACUGAUGAAGUAAACCCCAAGGCAUAUCCUUUGGCUGAUGCACAGCUGACGCAGGAGAUUCUAGAUUUGGUUCAACAAGCUUCACACUAUAAGCAGCUAAAGAAAGGAGCAAAUGAGGCAACUAAAACACUGAAUAGAGGGAUAUCUGAAUUUAUUGUUAUGGCGGCUGAUGCAGAGCCACUGGAGAUCUUGUUACAUCUACCUCUGUUGUGUGAAGACAAGAAUGUUCCUUAUGUGUUUGUGAGAUCCAAACAAGCCUUAGGACGAGCCUGUGGUGUGUCCAGGGCUGUCAUUGCUUGCUCCGUCACAGUCAACGAGGGAUCUCAACUCCGACCCAAGAUCCAGACCAUUCAGCAGAACAUUGAAAAACUCCUCAUCUAAAUCAUCUACAGGACAAGACUGAAAGGCCUGGUCAGCUAGUGAAUUUUUCUACAUAAAUAUUCAUGUCUAGCUGUAAGAGUAUGUUAGAAUUAACAGACAUGGGAUUGACAAAAUCAUUUAUCAACUGUUGUGUUCAUUUUGUUUUCAAAUCAUGAAACAAUUUUAUGAAGUUUUAUUCACCAUUUUAAUAAAAAGUUAUGACAUUCA